GCAAGGACCAUACUUUCUUUGUGCUCUCUAUUCCAUCUGGAAAUCUCAUAUCAACAAUCUGCAACCCAGUGUACAUUGUACACUAGCCAGCUGAUGCAGCUGGUUUCGAGAGCCUAACCAAGCAAGCUAUCCGAGGACGCCAACGGCGCCCACUGAACGGACCUGGUGCAUCAUCCGGUGGUUGUUGUGUAGUCGGCCUUCAAAGUGGACACCAAUGCCCAGUGCCCACCCGCCUAGUGUUCGGCCGAGGCUCUGUUCAGGCUGAUCCAAGGGCUGAUCGGACUGGAUCCUCGUGAAUCGGGCAUGGUGCUCAAUGUCCUAGGCCUCGCCAGCUAGCUAGAUCAGGGCCAGAAUCUCCGUCAUGGACUUGCCCUUGCGGUCUUCACAGUGGUCGUUCCUGGCGGCGCUGGGGGCGGGUUGCUUGGUGGGCGCUUCCGGCGUGUUCCUGAUUCAGCGCUUGUCGCAUCGCCUGGAAUGGAGUCACGAGCUCACCUCGCACAAAGUCACCCAAGAGCUCACCGUGCUCAAUAACACCAUCCGAGACCUUCAGGCUGCCAUCCAAGAGCUCAAGGAACAGAAAGCAUCCGCCCGCCCCGGACCCGGACGACCACUCAGGUCGGCCUUGCGGAGUGUGACCUUUUCCGAGGUGGAUCUGGCUUGCCAAGCCCGGGAGCGACCCACGGAUUUCGGGUCCAGUUCGGCCACUUCCACGGGCUCUACCACGGAAUAUUUUUCGGCCGUGUCUUCCGAUGAUGACGAGUUCUUUGACCUACCCACCGAUUCGGAUGUGGAAGAUUUGCACAAACAGCUGGAUCAGGCCAUCAGUUCGACCGCGGCUAAUUUAUCGCAGCCUGAAGGCGAUUCGGAUCACUUGGAACUGUUCCCCGUGGUGGACCAACUCAUGGAGAGCCAUGGCUCUGAUCAGGCCUUGGCUUUGACCAUGCUCCGGGACCAAGAAUCCGAGUUCCAGGGGAAUAGCGAAUAUCUUUGGCGACUCUGCAAAGCCAUCUAUUUGAAAUCCAUCGCCGCCGGAUUGGCCGGUGAUACCAACCUCAAGAAGAACUUAAUACAAGAAGCUGUGAAUUAUGGCGAGGCGGCCAUUGCCGUCAAUGAGGCCUCGGCGGAGGCCCACAAAUGGUAUGCCAUUGUGGUGGGCUGUCGAGGCGAAUUUGUCGGGAUCAAGGAGAAAAUCUUGGAUGGGUAUGAGUUCAAAAAGCACGUGGAUCGAGCGGCCCAACUCUCACCCACCGACCACACCAUUCAGCAUUUAUUGGGCAGGUUCUGCUACGAGGUAGCCGAAUUAUCAUGGUGGGAGCGGAAAACGGCCUCUGCCUUGUUCGCCGAACCGCCUUCGGCUUCUAUGGAAGAAGCCCGUGAUCACUUUCUUGAGGCCGAGCGUCUCAAACCGCAAGGAUGGAAAGAAAACCGACAGUUCUUGGCCAAGUCGCUCAUCAAAAUCGGAGAUCUCCCCCAAGCUGUGGCUUGGUUGGAUAAGGCCGACGAACUUCCCAUCAGAAAUCCAGAUGACCAACAAGCGCAAGAUGAUGUCUCGCAACUGUUACAACAAUAUCAAUCCCAUCGUACGGUCUCAUCAUCUUGACCCGUGGAAAGUUUCAAGUGAAGUCAAUGCAAAGCAAAUCAUAUCCAUGGCAACUGGCACGUUUCCAACCCUCUUCCCCUCAUCAUUCUUAAGGUCUAAUCAUCGAAUACGAUAUCCGUUAUUGGCGAAUCGAGUUGUUAACUAGGUUGUAAAAGAGAAAUAUAUCAUUUGAUUAACCUUCUUGA